AUGAGUCAGAAAGAGGGAUCGGCUCCGCGUGGUCCUCCCUCAUGCGACGAUUCGGGCGAGCCUCUUCCCGCAGGGUGCCUCAGCAAGGAGCGCGCGCCCCUUUGUUCGAAUAUGUCUGGAGCUGAACAGCGAGGAAGGGGGAGGGCAGCCUCUCCUCUCUCUGAGUCCGGCUGUCUCAGGUCGCCGUGUUCCAUCAUUUCCGCUCCGCAGUCUGCCUCCGAUCCCUCCGCUCUUGCCUCUCCCGCCUCUACCGCUCUCUCCUCCUGCUCUGCGUUGCCCGCUCAGCCUCUCCCGUUUGAGGCCGAAGCUGCACGCGCUCUGCUGCGGCGAGGCACAGAGGAGGGAGGGUCUUUCUGGAGCUCCGGCGCCGUUCGCUGGUCGGCGACGUGCGCGCGGAACGGGGAGACUGGAGGGAGCGCGAAGAAACGCAGAAGCGCUCAGAUGACGGAGGACUCGUCGCCAUCUUCUAACGGAGAGGACGCACUCUCGCUGAAGUGCGUCAACCACCUGGUGCUUCUUCGGCGCGUGUACGGACGCGGAACUUACGGGAAGGUCACUGCGGCACUCGAUCUCGCCGACAACCUCCGCCCGCUUGCAGUAAAGACCUACUUUCCCGAGGCUCUGCGGCGCUCGCGCACCGCGGCGUUCGGUCCAAACGGGCCUCGCUUCCUCACCGAAUGGGAUAAGGUUCGAGCCGAGCUGCUCGUCCAGUCCUCGCUGCGCCACCGCCACAUCUGCCCACUGUACGGCGUCGUCGACGACACAGAGCGCGGGGAAUUUCGUCUUCUGCUUCAGUUCCUUCCGCAUGCUUUGAUGACGUGGAGCGAGACAGCUCAGGCGUUUCACGUCGUUUCGCCGGGAGAUGCAACCACCCGUCACGCGCGGGCGCUAGCCAAAGAAACUGCGGAGAGAGAGAUCACGGUGUAUACGGAGGAUGCCGCGCGAGAGGUCUUCGCCCAGCUGCUCGACGCAGUCGACUAUCUCCAUUCGCUGGGUGUUGUGCAUAAGGACAUCAAACCUCAGAACAUCCUUGCCGUCUCGCCUCCGCCGUCAGAGUGGCUAGUCUCUCUUUCGCUCCCUCCUGGCGCGCCGGCGUCUGGCCGGCCGCAGAGCGCCGGGCUCGUGGGGGUCCCGGGGCCUGGCGGAGAUCGUGAAGAGGACGACGGUCUCCUCCGCUCCUCUUCGUUUGCCAGCGACGACGAGGAGCUGGACGAUGAAGACUUUUUUGAGGACGACGAGCAAUCGGCUGUUGCGUUUUCGCCGGCCUUCGCCGCGGCUGCGGACGCUGCAGCCGGGCGACUCGCUCCGUAUGAAGCGUAUGCUUCCCAGACCGCUCGACGCCGGCUCUCGUGCUGCUCUGCAACCUCCGGAGGGGGAUGCCAUAGCCACGAAGAAGAGGCGUGCUCUCUCCAGCAGUCCUCUCCUGGCAAUUCCACGUCUGCGGCUGCCUCCACACUCUCUCCUCGCUGCUGUAGUUCCUCCCCGUCCUCUGCCUGCUUGUCGCGGCUUGUUGCUGCCGCGCCCUCGUCCUCCUCUGUCUGCGAUGGAGGAGCCGUGCCCCCCGAGUCUUCUUUGUCUUCCUCGUCGCCCACGCGUCCGCGGAAGCGCCGCAGUGGCAGCGCGUGUGACGAGCGCGCUUGUUCCCUCCUCUCUCAGGGGAGGGAUAUUUUCAAAAGAACUGUGGGAAGCUGCGACACCACAUGCUCACUUGCGGCUGCUGUCUUCCUCGGCGAGGAGGCUGCACUUCUGCGUACUCGCGGACAAGCGAAAAGCAUCCCGGUCGAGCCUGUGCGCGAUGACGCGUCGGCGAACACCGGUCCGCAGACGCAGACAGCUUCCUCUCCUUCCCUUGGUGGCAAGGAACACCUUCAAGAUGGAGGAAAGCCGCUCGCAACCGGUGAGGCAGGCACGGACCCGUCCAGCGAAAGCGUGUGGCGUGCCGCUGAGCGUGGACAAAGCGCCGCGAUGUUCGCCGACCUCUCUGAUUACCGAGACUUCCUCAGUUGGAACGGCACAGUUGACUUGGAAGCAGAACGGACGAAGUGUGUGUGGAAGCUCGUGGACUUCAAUAGCGCUACAGUCGCUACCGGAGAGCGGGUCUCCAUCUGGGACUCAGAAGGCACGCGGUUGUUCACCCCCCCUGAGUGCCUCGGGGUCGCGCAGGACGGAGGCUGCGAUGGUCGCAGUCGAGAUCUCUGGAGCCUCGGAGUGUGCCUGUAUUGUCUUCUCCUCGGGCGCCCUCCUUUCUACGCAGGAGGAGACACCGGACUGGCGCUAGUGGCAGCGAUAAUGUCCGAGGAUAUCGUCUUCCCUGAGUACAGACACGUCAGCGAAGAUGUGAAGGAUCUCUUGCGGGGCCUUCUCUCCAAGGAUCCGCGCACGCGUCUGACCUCCGAACAAGCUCGCGCACAUCCGUGGAUGAUGAUGAGUCGAUGA